AUGGGCAAGAUCAUCUUCUACGAGGACAGGAACUUCCAGGGUCGUUCCUAUGAGACCAGCAGUGACUGUGCCGACAUGUCCUCCUACCUGAGCAGGUGUCACUCCUGCAGGGUGGAGAGCGGCUGCUUCAUGGUCUAUGACCGCACUAACUACAUGGGAAACCAGUUUUUUGUCAGGAGGGGAGAGUAUUCAGAUUACCAGCGUAUGGGCAUGAGUGACUGCAUCAGGUCCUGUCGCACAAUCCCAAUGCACAGAGGCCAGUUCAGGAUGAAGAUCUACGAGAGAGAGAACUUUGGUGGUCAGAUGCACGAGCUGAUGGAUGACUGUGACAACAUGAUGGACCGUUAUCGUAUGAACGACUGUCAGUCCUGCCACGUCAUGGACGGCCACUGGCUGAUGUACGAGCAGCCUCAGUACAGAGGAAGGAUGAUGUACCUGAAGCCUGGAGAGUACAGGAGCUUCAGUCAGAUGGGGAUGAGCGGAACAAGUGGGGGUGAAGGUACAAUUAGCCUGGAGUCCAGAAAGCUCCAGCGCCUCCAGGCCGUGCACCAGGAAGUGGAGAUGAACGGGACCACCUCACCCUGGGGUUUGUCCUUCCUCUCCUCAAAUGUGGAGAGGCAGGUUCUCAGGAAGGACCUGGAGUAUCCUCUCUUCCUCAAAGCCCUGAACAAGAUGCCGAAUAUAUCAUCAAGAUACCUGUAG